CACACAAACACACGCACACUGAAAUACAAUGAGGGGCCGAGCCUGAAACUGCGUGACACAGACCUCUGUUGCGUAACAGGCGUGCCGGGCGCUAGGUUAAUAGGUAGGCAACCGUGUUCAUCCGCUUGUGAGCACAAAAAAAAAGAGGGAGGGAGAGAGGGAUGUGAGGAGAGAUGGAGCGGUCGGUCGGAGGGGGCGUACGUCUCCUCACUGGCUCAUGACUGGAGGGAGCUGGCAGCGGCACAAGGCUGCUGAGCGCAAACCCGCUCUGUGGAUGUGUGUGAGAGCAGCGUUGUAACGUCCUGCGACCUGAUACAACGACGGUGAACCACGGUUCGCUGUGGAUAUGUCGUAGCCCCGGUGUCCUGCCGCAGAGGACGCCAUCGGAGGGAGCAGCACGGCCCUGCAGCUGAAGGAUGGUGUGACCGAUACAGAGACAGACUGAGGGACCAGUCACUGCUCGCCACUCAGAGGCAGACCAUGGCUCCCAUGUCCCUCCUCUUCCUGGGCUUCUUCCUCUCCUUCCUCCAUUCUUCACAUACCCAGACCAUCAUCGGCUCUUCCUCCUCAUUUCCUCCUCUCGACCUGCCAAUUAAUUCUCCACCUCCACCAACCAAGCAAACUGUUAGAUUCUGGCCCUCUUUACCUCCCAGAGGGCGCAGUGAUGUGCCCAUCAGAGCGACAGUCCGGGAUAGGCUGACAAGUACGAAUGCAGUGCAACAGGGGCAGAGAGUGGCCCGUCCCACUGUGCAGUCCAUUCCUUCUUUUAUAUCCGGUCUCUCUGCAAAGAACCUCAGCAUCGGGCCAAUUUUAACCCAACCGACUGCCUCCAGGCCCAGGACUGACAUGGCCGGUUUAACACUCAGCAGGGCCUUUGCUAAGGGGGACACUUCUACAAAAGGCUUGACUCCACCUCUGCCCACUGCUGUCGCUGAGCCUGCAGGUAACAAGGCAGGUAAUGCAGAGUCAGACGAUGAUGAUCCACAGGGGUUAGGAUCAGGUAGUUCUCCGACAACGAUGCUUGUGAAGGAGGAAACACCUGUUCCAACGGCUGGCGAUGAAAUGUCGCAGCAUCGGCCUCAGGCACAGACGGUGAUAUCUAAAACCUCUGCCAAAAAGACACCACCACCUGAGAGUCAGUCUGUGAAGCCUCCGGUGUUUGUGCUCACAACAGCCAGUAAAACCACAACAUCACCACAGACACCAGAGACGAGAGCAACACUGUCCCCUGUGGUGACGAAAGCAACACUUCAGACUGUAGUAUUAACAGGAGACCUGACAGCGAACACACUUCCUCCGCAGCAGGACUCUGUGAUGACCACCACCGCUGGGUCUCCUGAAGAUCAGCCACAGGCUUCAGAGCUGCCAGUCACUGCCCAAAGCCAGAAUAGUUUGCCUUCAAACACCACAACACCACAAGUGACGACCACAUCUGCAGCUACUGUGCUUACUACAACACUGGCAGCUGUGAGAGCGUCCUCGAAAGCAUCAAAUCCAACCAACAUAACGACGCAACAGGGAGGGAAUACAGCUAGCACAACAAGGACAGGAAAACCUUCCUUCCUCACCACCGGUGUAGUCCCAGUCACCCGGAUAAGGUUUUUCCCCACCUACCAGAGUGGUAUUGGUCAGAGGAACCGCUCCAUUCUCCUGGGACAUCCUCACCAAGCUCCCCACGCUACUUAUAAUCCAGUCCCCUCUCCCAGCGCCAGUCCCUCUAACGCCACAUAUCUGUACUGGGGUGACCUGAGCCGGACGCUGGCUUUCGCCUGGGAGCUUCAUGUCUACGGCUCAGCAAGUCUCUUCCUCCUCCUGUUUGCUGGAGCUGCUCUCGGCCUCACCCUGUCCCCUGCCACAAACUGUCCACAUCGGGGUGCUGUUGCACUCGCCAACGCUCUAUUGUUUCUAGCCGGAGGCCUUAGGGCAGCUCUCUUUCUAAUUGACCCCUAUGGCACACGGAAGUUGCUCCCCCGCCCUGCAGUUAUGGUGCUCUACAACUUGCCUCUACACCUGCUGGUGUGGACGCAUGCUGCCCUGGCACUGUUGGCCAUAAGGGUGGCAGGGGUGAGUGUGUUACCUUCAACUAUGGAGCGUCCUCCUCUGGUGGCUGUGUUGGCUGUGUUGCAGUGCACCCUGCUGCUGGCAGCCGAUCUGCUCUCCCCAGCCCUGUCCCCUGUGGUGCCCGUCACCCUGCAGAUCCUGUCGCUGUGCUGGGGCCUGGCUCUCUGUCUGGGUUUUCUCUGCUACGUCUUUCCACGUAUACGCUGCCCCCCGCUUCCCCAACCUGGAGUCCCUGAACAGGGCACGAGGAAGGCUUGGACAGGGAGCAGGAGGAUAGGCGUGGUCCUGGGGAGAGUGCUGGCAGUGUGUGCAGUUGUGGGGGCAUUGUGCUGUGGGCUGCAUGUUUAUGCCACCUUAUGGCUCUAUGGGCUUCUAGGGGACUGGACACACUUCAACUGGGGAUGGUGGCUGGUUCACUUCUGGGCCCGGCUCUUGGAGCUCUCCUGGGGGUUCUCGCUCCUUCUCCUCGGUUCAUGGCUGUUCUGGAGGCCCCAAAGUUACCAGGGAAGGGAGGAGGGUGGAGCAGAUGGCAGAGCAGCUGGAGACGUGCCAUCCCCUGGCCAAUCUGUAGGGUCCACUCAAAGACAUACCUGCUGGUCCAAGAUAGUGCAGAGCCUGAAAGUGAAGCCGUGCAGAAAAUCUGACAGCAAUGGGGUAGGAGGAGGAGGGGUAGGGGGGGGAGGAGGAGGAGGACCAGGAGGACCAGGAGGACCAGGGGAGAUGCCUAACAACUGGGCUGGUCAGGAACGUCCUGGAGCUGACAUCAGUAAAAGUCUGAUCAGGAACCAGAACCACGAGCAGGUCACUGCCCUGCCACGCUACGUCAAAGACAACAACAGGGGGCGCAACCAUAGGGGCCACUCUGCAGAACGAGGCAUAUCUGAUGGCUCCACAGGCUCCCUGCUGAGACUGCAGGCGCUGGGACGUCCUCCUCAGCGCUCAGUGAGUGGCAGCCUGGAUCAGGAUAAGGACACUUCCCUGUCUCUGUGUGACUUUGAUUUACGCCCCCCCUCUCCCAUCAACCUGACCCGCAGUAUUGAUGAGGCUCUGCACAGGGAGCACCUACUGGAAGGAAUUAGCCUAUUUUAUCCUUUCAACCAAAACUCACAGUCUCCCUCCCCGGGCUCAGGGGGCAGCCAGGGACCCUGGCUCCGCAGGAACAGUGAUCCUCAGAUGCUCUCUGAGAGCAGCGAGGCCCCGACAGAGUCGUCCAUGCCACUAGGUGGCAGCGUACUCAGCAGUGUACCCAGCAGGCAGGUGACUGCUCCCCCCACACCUUCCCAUCAGGGUCACAGGUGGGCUGGGAACGGAGUGGGAAGUGUCCCCUCAUCAGUGUCCUGCCCUGUGUCGCUUCGUCCCACCAGAAUAUCUACGGGGCAUCUGGGGGAGGACGGAGUGGAUGACACGCGGCCAUUCAUCACUCCGGACUCAGAGAGGGUGCGGGGAAGGGCUGGGAGGCCGGCGGGAUCACGGAGUUACCUGGAGGUCAGUCGACAUGACGACUCUGCCAGUGUGAGCAGUGAAAUCAUUGACUUAUGAACCAAACUGUGGACAUGAGGACCAAUGACUGGACAUCAGACACGGCCAUUUAACAAAAGCUGUUCCUUUAACACAUAUUAGGAAAAUCUGUUUACCUUGUUAAGGGUUCAACGACUGUGUUUGUGGAACUGAAAUGUUAAAUCUUUUACUCUGGGAGUAAAACUGAGAGCUAAAGCACAGAUAAACAACAACUCUCCAUCUCUCUCUCUAACUCGUUUUCUUUUCAAAUGCCCACACACACACACACACACACACUCACACACUCACACACCCACACACACACACUCACACGCACACACUGGCAUCACAUUGACACAACUUCAAUAACAAUGGGACCAUACACACAUUUCAUUGCUGAGAACAGCUGUUCAGCAGGUGUGUGUGAAAUUUGUCAUGGAUAUAGAUUUAAUUUGACCAUCAUGUAAGAAAUCUAUGUAAUUGUUUCAUAUCAUGAAUCUGUCAACAUGAACAUAUUUUUAUUUACUUUCUGAGUUUCAAUAAGUUUGAAAUGUGGCUCCAAUUUCUAUAUCGUCUCUGUGAAAACAUGUCUGCAUGUCAACAGUUGUGAAUUUCAUUGCUUUCAUGAAGUUUAUUCUCCUUCUUUCAUGUUUCAGUUUGCUCUGUGAUGUAAAGAUGUGCCAUACAUGACCUCGGUUGGUUCUGUGCUAUUUUUAAUGGUUUUACAAACCCAUUGUUUGGGUUGACUCUCUAUAGCGUCUUACCAGUAUCAUAGUGACUCAGCUAUGGAUUACUACUUCUAAGCUCUUAACAUGCUGCCGCUGUUGUUGUUGUCGUCGUCUAUUUUGCCUUGUAUGUCAAUGUGAAGCUGGUUACAUAAAGAUGCAGGCGGUGAACAACAGUCAGAGACAUGCAGACGCAUGCUUAUGCGUGAAACUGUUGCCCAGGCCUUUAGCUUUUGCUGAAAUUGUCUGUUUUAAAAUGACUUCCAAGCAUUCACAUGUGAGGUAAAUGCAUUUCAUCGUGACUUUUUGCUGUUAAGACCAAGCUCCUGCAACUAAUGUACAACUGAAGCCUCUGAAUGCAUUUUUACAGAAUCUAACUUUAGAAUAGGAAUCCUAAACAGUUGCAUUGAGUCGAUUCACACGGUUUGAUCUCUUAUCUAAUUAGAUGCUUCACAGCUUUGCAGAGCUGCAGCCAGUGGUGUAGGAAGUAUUCAAACAAUUUACUGUUGUACAAGUACACAUAAAUAGACAAAAAAAGUGUACUCAAGUAAAAGUACCACAACAAAAUUUCUCCUUGACUAAAAGUUAAUAAGUACUUGUGUUUAAAUAUACUUAAAGUAUUCAAAGUAAAAGUACUUGCAGUGUGCAAUGUCUUCCCAAUGCAACAGUCUACGACAUCAGUAACUGUGCCUGUGUAUCUUGAUUUGAUUCAAGAAUACUAAAUAAAUCUACGUAAGUAAAUGAAAAAUGUAUUUAAGUACAUUAAUGAAGUAAAUGUACUUUGUUGCAUUGCACCACUGGCUGCAGCACACACGACUGGCCUGGCAUGAACCUGGGAACUGUUCUAGGUACUUAUUGUCAGAGCACUUAACUGAACGCCUGAGCACUAAAGUAUUUUACUACUCUAGAGGAAAAUAUCUUUCAACUGUACGAUGUAUAAGCAACGAUGUAAAUACAGUUAUUUUUGAUGUUCAUGAAUAAAGGUGUAAUUGAAACAGUCAAUAGUUGUAACUGUGAAAGACAAUCUGAAGUAAUGCUUUUGCAGAAAGUUGCGCUAUUUUGACAUCAGAUUGAGGCCUGUUGAGGACAUGCAGAGCCGUGACAGUCCAUGCGUGACGUGCAUGUCAAGGACUUUCUGGGCUGUGCUCAGGAUUGUAAUAAUGAUGCUGGUUUUGCAAAAAGAAUAUAUCUGAUGGCCAUGGUCCGCAGGAUUUUGAUUUCUACUUUAUUUUUUCUGUCAUUAAAUGACUUCAACGACAUUUGUAAAGAAACAAACAAAACACACUAGUUUGUCUUUUAUCCUGAAAUUAAGCCGGUGGUUCCCUUUGUUCAGUUUUAAAGUUGCAAGGAUUUAUUGAAAACUUCUACGAUUAUUGAAAAACUGAGACUCUUCCAACUGAAAUGCUACUUUGGAUGCUCGUGUAAAUAUCUUAUUAUAUUUUGACAUUUUAUCCCAAGUGGAGUUUGGAGUAAAACGUAACUCAUGCCCCUGUUACCGCUGAGAGCCAAUCCAUGACUUGUUUUCCAGUUACCUCAGGGUGACAUGCAGCUCCUCCCAGUGAUGUGAGAUAUUUGACUUGUUUAGUAUUUUGCAGUACAAUGGCCUUGUGUUGUCAACAUUCCAAUGCACCUGUAAGAUUUCAGUGCCCCAGUACUCACUAUUACAUCUUUUUCUUCAUGACCAAGGUCGUACCUCCAGCGCCCCACAGUGUUCUCCCCUCUACGCAGCAGUACGUGCCAUAGAAGAUCCAAAUCAUUGUACCCUCUCCAGUCUGUAGCCGCAGUGCAGGAGUACAGUGUUAGUUUGAUUAAUUUCUUUCGCUCAUUGAACUUUUGUUCUUGUAUUUCUUGCUGCAUUUUGUGUCUGGAUCCAAAAUAAAAUUGAGGAACCUCAAAA